CGAUGGGGACAGUAGAGGGAGGAUUAAAGCUCGUAAAGAAGAAAUUAAUGGAAGGACAAUGGGAGAUAACUCGAAUUCCACGGGGUCGUAGAAAAUCGCUUUCAUUGCAAAAAAAGAAUUAAGAGUAUGUAUGGAUAUUAGAAGAAAAAAUAAAGAAGCGAGGUAAGAGGCAAAACAACCAUUAACGUUAUUGCCAAGAGAGGAGAGACAGGCAGGUAACAGGAAGCUCAUGAGUAACGCAAGCGCUCCCGGGAGGAACGUUUUCAGGCUCGAGACUCGCGCCCAGGAACAACAACAUUGCCACUAUUUUGACCAUUUUUGAUGUUCCUCCAAAGAUAUUUUCAGAGGCAAUACCAGCGGCUGACUGGGAAGGAUCGCCACUUUAGAACGAGGACUUUUUGAUCCGUAGAUACUUCGUAAAUCCGAUGCAGAAGGCCGUCAAAGGUGGUGACGCUCCAUCAUGGCCGACCUAGAGGAGACUUGGACUGAGAGAAAUUUUUACGACCGUCCUCUCUCUGUGUGGCUGCAGGAUGAGUACGGGGAUGAGGACUUUCUUCUUCUUGACAUCUUCACAGCAGCCAGUAUUGGGUGUUCUCAGCGCGUGGGAGAUAUUAUUAAAAAGGACAAAAAAGCUGUUGGUUAUAAAAACAAGGGAGGAUGGACAGCCUUGAUGUAUGCAUCUUAUUAUGACCACUCGGAUGUAGUAAAGCUGCUGUUAGAAGCUAAUGCAUCGGUUCACUUGACCAACAACGCCAGGUGUAAUGCUCUGAUGUUAGCUGUCAUGUGUGGCAAUGAAUCCAUAGUAGAAACUUUAAUAAAGGCUGGUAGCAUCUUAGAAGCACGAGAUAACUGGGACUGGACAGCACUCUUUCAUGCAGUAAAUUCAGGCCAUCAUAGUGUGGUUGACACCCUCCUGAGACAUAAAGCAAAUCCUAAUUCUUGCGAGCGAAGGACUGGCAUGACUCCCCUGAUGUAUGGAGCGCAACACGGGAACAGCAGUAUAGUCAUGACGUUACUAAAAGGUGGUGCUUUAGUCUCUCUCACAACACAUCAAGGACACACAGCUGCCAGGAUUGCUCAAGAUGCUGAUUAUCCUGCUAUUGCUGCAAUUAUCACAAAAUGGGGUCUACAAGGUGAGAAUGGACCAAGCCUACCAGAUGGUCCAGCAGCAGUUGAAGCACGUUUGUCACAGCAGGCUCAACUGCCACCUCGUGGUAGAGGAAAUGUAGUUCCAUCUGUUGACAGUGCACGUGUCAUCCCCACGGAUCUUGAAACUUUGUUGAACCAGAUUGGUUUAGGCUCAUACAUGAGUGUCUUCAAAGAACAAGAUGUGGAUCUUCAGAUGUUCCUUACAUUAACAGAUCAGGAAUUGAAAGAAUGUGGCAUACACAAACUGGGACCUCGACGCAAGAUGACCUCAGCCAUUGCACGAUGGCACAGCAAUGCACCAUUGUGGAACUCUUUGGAAUGUGCCUAUGCAGAUAAGCUUGAAGUUGAGAUGCAAGAGCUGGGUGUAAAGCUAACUGAAGCCAUGGAGACUAUACAACAAACAAAAGCCCAGGUUUAUCAAGAACAUAAUUUAAGAGUUGUGACAGAGGGGUGGAUAGUUGAAGCUCGUGGAAGGCUACAUGAUUGCCACCAAAGAUGCCAAAUGCUGCUUGAACAGAUGUCAGUCAUGCGGCACUGUGCCUCGGUCCUAUCAGCCCAGUUCUCCCUCAUUCAGCCGACUCUCAUUUCUCCUUUAGUCGAGAGCAUCGGUGUAGCUACAGCACACAUUGAUGCUCUUUUGAAGCUGACAGAUCCAAGUGUUGCAAGGGGCCCCAGCAACCCCUCCUCUCCUCGCAGAAAUGGGCAUCAGGGUAGCUACCCAAAUACCCCUCGCUGAUGGUGCAAUACAAUCAGUUGUCAGGCUAGUCAGAAAUAGUUAAAUUUUAAUUGUCAGAACUUAAUCUCAAGGCAUAUGUGUAUGGAGCUGCAUUUUUAAUUUUUAAAAAUUAGUAAUGCUUAUCUUUGUGUAAAGAUACUGUUACAAUAGACAAAAUAUUGAGACAUCCAUUCAAGCUAUUUCAAAGUUUUAUGAUAUUGUUUUUUGGGUGAUUCACUUCGUUUUAAGUAAAGGAUGUUGAAGAUUCGAAAAGAAAGUCAAGAGAAUUAGUGAAAUUUGACAUCUAACUUAUUGACAAGACAGUUCCUUGAAAAGUUAAAUGAACCUGAAGUACCACACUGCCAAAAUAAUGUGUACCUGUUAAUAGUGUAAUACUGCUAGUGUAUCAGCAAUGAUUAGAUGUUCUAUUACUAUUUUAGAUAAUUGAUUAUUUUGAUAAUCACUGAAGGGACCAAAGAGUUAUGACAAUUUUGUAAUUCCAACUGUGAACAGGGGGACAGUGACUUUAUCUUGUGAUUUUAUACACUUCAACAGGGGUGUUGAGUUUAACCACUCAGAACUGUGAGAUUGAUAAUUAAAUUGAUAAAAGUGUGUUUGUGCGUGUGCGUGUGCAUGUUUGUGUACGUACGUGCGGGCAUGUGGGCGUGUGUGCGU